AUGGCAAGAAUAAAUACUGACAAUUCUCCCACGACGUCAGUCGGGUCCCUACCAUCGCCCAUGUCGGACGACGAGUUCUCCAACCUUUCCGACUCCUGGAUGGAAGUCGAGACCUCGUCUAUAGGCCCUUCCACCUUUGACGGUCUCAGCGACUCUAGCUUUGACUCCAAUGACCACGACUCUAGAAGUGAAGCGUCUAGCUUUGACUCUGCUUCAAACGAUGGCCGGGAAUUUCACAGCGAGCCCGAGGAUGUGGAAGCCAUGUCCGAGGUUGAGGAAGAGACUCCAUCCCUGAUAAGCGGCUCCUAUGACCUGGCAAGCAGCAAGCUUGACGGUAGCAAAAUGGGUUCUUCAGUGGACACUAUCCAGCAGUACUCUACUUCCUCGUCUCAGGUCCGGCUCAUCUUUCCCGACCCGGGAUCUUCCUUCUCCGCGGCGACAGCAGGCUCCCACUCCGGUCUCUUGUCUGGGCAGAGUCCAGCUUCCUCCAUCUUUGCUCCCAAGCGUCCUCGAUCUCGCGGCCAGUCUACUACCGAAUCGGACGAGAGACUGCAAGAGAGCAUCUUGUCGAACGCCUCUGCCAAAAGGAGGAGCUCGAGCCCGCUGAAGAGCGAGUCUUGGGAGAGGUCCAGUAAGCUGUGGUCUCUGGAUAAGGGCGAGUAUUGGUUGUUGGACAGCACCGAGAAGCUUGGAGAGAUGGAGAAGAUGAAGGACUCGAAGACGAUCCUUGACGAGCCUGAGGCGCUGUUCAAAGUGACGGCUGCGGAGACGGAAAAGGACAUCGUUCGGGAGCCCGAGACUCGGUCAAGAAAGAACGCCGUCCUGACCGUGUGCGCCAUGCUCGCGCUCGGCGUUGCUGGUCUCUACACUGGUUACAACGCAUCAAUGUCUAGACCCUCUGCUGGGCCAUCCGUCCUUCCCGUUCAGGCCCCUACUGACAUGGCCAGACAUAACUUCUGGGACCGCUUGUCGGCUUCUAUCCUCACGCCUUCGGCUACCGAGGCGCCCCAUAUCCCCGUCUCGACCAAUACCGUCAAGAAAACCGAAGAGUAUCGCUUGAUCAAACAGGCUUUGUCUACCCUCAACGAAGCCCAGCACAAGGCUCACUCUGUCUUUCAUACGACCCCUCCUCCGUCUGCCCAGAGCAAGAGUGCUGGUGGGCAAGACAACGCAUUAGCUGUGCGGAAUGAGAACGUCGCUCUGGACACACUCGAGCUUACCAGGAAAGAGGUCAUGGUGCACAAGUUGUUGCAGAAAGUCGUGUCUGCUUCGCGCCCUGCCAGGUCCAACAUCGCCUCUGCUGCUGUCAACUGCACAUGCGACCUCUCGACUUACUACUCCACUCAAAUUCUCCCCCGAAUCAUGGGGUCGUACACCCGCACAAAGGCGUUGGCUGUAUCAGCGUACGACACGUUGGUGCGGUUCUUCUUCAAGGAGGUGGAAGAGGUGUUUGAUGUCGGCAGACAGAUGUUUCAGGCAUCUGAUGCUGCGGCAUCUUUGGUCGUCUCCCGCGCUACUCGUGGUGCCCGUAUCCUUCACACUACCCUUACCCCAUACCUCCAUCUCCCAUCCUUGUUCACCUCAAAAGGUGCAUCCAAUGUCACUCACGAAGCUCUCGAUGCGCUCUCCGAGUACGUCGAGUCCACCAUGGAAGGGCUCGUGGGCACGAUCGGGCAGGAGACGAGGGACAUGCAGGACAAGGCGGAAAAGAGUAUCAGGAAAGCGAAGAAGGGGUUGAACAGGGUUAUCAAGGAGAAGAGGUUGGAGAAGGAGAAAUCCUUGGUCAACGCGGUGGACCGCAAAGGUCGCGCUCUCGCCGACCAGAGGUCACCUUGUGCCCAACAAUAG